AUGAAAACUUUGUAAUUUCAAGCAAUUUCUACAGAACAAUCAUAGAUUUAACAAUAUCCUAAAACUUUAUAAUUUUCUAAUACUUAUAAGGGGGCUGGUUGUUAAAUAUGUGAAGGUGGUAAAGUUGUUGAAUGUAGUAGUGUUUGGUAUUAUUGUCUUUGUGAAUAAGCAAUUCCAAAGACUGGGAAAAUAGUAUUUGCAUUCUAAAUGAUAAGUGGAUCAAGCUUUAUGGUUGGAAUUGGAUUCAGAGAUAUUAUAUAAAAAAAUAAUUAUAGUGGUAAUUGUGGAGUUGGGUAUGGGUAUAUAAUUAAAUCAUAAUAGAUCAUAUUUGAUUCAAAAUAAUGGUUAUACUUACUCUCAUCAUAAUAAAGAUGUAAAUAACAAAUAAUUAUCAUUCACUUAUACAACUAAUGAUGUAAUAAUAAUGGAAGUAAGUAUUGAACAUAAGUAUAUUAAAUGGACCAGAUAGAAUAAUCCAUUAGCAACAGUUGUAAUUAUCAAAACUAUUAUUAGUAGUUAGAAAUAGAUACAUCCAUAUCAUAAGAAUUAUAUCCAUGUGUGAAUAUUUAUUCAUCUAAAGUUAAAAUAUUGGAUAAUAUUCCAAAUUGA